UAGCCUUCAUGUUACUCCAGAUCGUCCACAGACAAAUCACUCCUACGUGCAGCUGCGAGCGGAGAAGGCGAGCUAGUUAGCGUGCUAGCCGGGAAGCCGACCUACUUCGUAACCGCAGGAGUUACAUCACAGUGGGUCGUGGCCCACCUGGGAAGUACUGGCUCCAAGUAGCCAAAGCUUUAAAUUUCAUGCGAUCGCCAUUUCGUUAUUAGUAUGUCAAGUUGACCCGUCACACUUGAAGAGAUAACUAUUGACAAUUAAACCACUUUGUUUGACAAGGGACCUGUCAACAAGGCAAAGGCAGCUGGUUUCGUCAUUCCCCCAGUUUUGACACACACGAAGAGUUAUGUCCUGUCCGUGUGCUUCGGCUGCGAGGUUGUUCCUAAAUAAAGCUCACAGAGGAUUGUCCUGCUCCAUGCUCCAGUUUUAUUCUGUGAGUCGUCAUGGUUGCAGGGACGCUCAUCUGCCUCCCCGUGUGCGGGUGAGGUCCUUUUCCGAGACCGCUGUCUGCUUUGCCUCCAAAGAUAGCACAACCAAGGACAACGGAAGUGAUGGUGGAAAGAAAAGCAUCAGUGAGGCCAAGAGAACCUCGGGCUCCGGAGGAUCAGGCAAAGGGGGCAGCCAGCUCCGAUGCCCCAAGUGUGGAGACCCCUGCACACAUGUAGAGACCUUUGUUUCAUCCACACGAUUUGUCAAAUGUGAGAAAUGCCACCACUUUUUUGUGGUUCUGACUGAAACGGACUCUAAGAAAGGGCUAAACAAAGAGACCGAGUCUGCUGCAGAGGCUGUGAAACUGGCAUUUGCACAGAAACCACCCCCGCCCCCCAAGAAGAUAUACGCUUAUCUGGACAAGUAUGUUGUGGGCCAGUCCUAUGCUAAGAAGGUGUUGGCGGUGGCCGUGUACAAUCACUACAAGCGCAUCUAUAACAACAUCCCUACCGGCAGUCGCCAGCAGGUGGAGGUGGAGAAACAGCCUUCACUUACACCUAGGGAGCUAGAGAUGAGAAGACGAGAGGAUGAAUACAGAUUCACAAAGCUGCUGCAGAUCGCAGGGAUCAGCCCACAUGGCAACGCUCUGGGAGCAUCGAUGCAGCAGCAGACCAGUCAGCAGGCGCCACAGGAGAGGAGGGGCGGGGAGGUCUUAGACUCCACACAUGUUGAUAUUAAACUGGAGAAGAGCAACAUCAUACUUCUCGGUCCAACUGGUUCAGGGAAGACGUUGUUAGCGCAGACGCUAGCCCGCUGUCUGGAUGUUCCCUUUGCAAUAUGUGACUGCACCACACUAACUCAAGCCGGAUAUGUGGGAGAAGACAUUGAGUCGGUUAUUGCUAAACUGCUGCAAGAUGCCAACUACUCUGUGGAGAAAGCACAGCAAGGUAUUGUGUUUCUGGAUGAGGUGGACAAGAUUGGCAGUGUGCCUGGCAUCCAUCAGCUGAGGGAUGUGGGAGGAGAAGGAGUCCAGCAGGGUUUGCUUAAACUCUUGGAGGGCACAAUCGUCAACGUUCCUGAGAAAAACUCCAGGAAGCUGAGAGGAGAGACGGUACAGGUGGACACAACAAACAUCCUGUUUGUGGCCUCCGGUGCCUUCAAUGGACUAGACAGAAUCAUUAGCAGAAGAAAAAAUGAGAAGUAUUUAGGCUUCGGAACUCCAUCCAACUUGGGAAAAGGACGCCGCGCUGCAGCUGCGGCAGACUUAGCCAACACCAGCGGCGAGACUGACACGGUGGCCGAGAUCGAGGAGAAGGACAGGUUGCUCAAGCACGUAGAGGCGAGAGACCUGAUUGAAUUUGGAAUGAUCCCAGAGUUUGUGGGCCGUCUUCCUGUGGUGGUUCCUCUCCACAGCCUGGAUGAAGAGACACUAGUCCGGAUCUUGACAGAACCACGCAAUGCUGUGGUGCCACAGUACCAAGCUUUGUUUAGCAUGGACAAAUGUGAGCUCAAUGUGACUCAAGAUGCCUUGAAGGCAAUAGCUCGCAUGGCUCUGGAGAGAAAGACUGGGGCUCGUGGACUCAGGUCCAUCAUGGAAAAGCUUCUCCUGGAGCCAAUGUUUGAGGUGCCACACUCUGACAUCAUGGUUGUCGAGUUGAACAACGAUGUGGUCCACGGGAAGUCGCAGCCUAGAUACAUCAGGGCUCCGGCAAAAGAGCAGACAGAAGAGGACUACGACUCAGGCAUCGAAGAGGAGAAUUGGCCUCGACAGGCGGACGCUGCCAACAACUGAACCACGUCUUCCAUUUCACACAGACCGUUUGCCCUAAUUGGUUAAAUGACUACCAACCUUCGGAUACCUACAGUGGAUGUUCUGAGACGAGCCCCAUAAACAACAUUAUGGAUGUUUUAUUAGUCAUAAUGAAGGUGGUCGUAAUUGAGGACAUCCAAGUGUAACAAUCUUGGGUCCUGUCUGUCUCUCUGUCUGUGUGCGUGCGUGUGUGCGUGAGAUUGUAAUGUCCUAGCAGCACACUCGCGGGUUGGACCUUUAUAAGAAUAUUUCAAUCUCUGGUGAUUGUUAACAUUUUAUCUAUAUAAAGAUAAUGCAUUUUUUAUUCAUGA